AUGGUAUAUGGAGGAAAGCCGAGCACAGGAUGCCACCUGUGUCGCAAGCGGAAGAUUAAGUGCGACGAAGGCCAACCGGGAUGCCGCAACUGCUCGGUGUAUGGGAAACCCUGCCCGGGAUACCGGUCAGACACAAUCUUCCGGAAUGAGACGCACAAGGUUGAGAAGCUAGUGAGAAAGAAUUCUUCAUCUCCACCUUCUGACAUACAGCCCCAAACUGGGGGCCAAAUGAUUACCUGGAAGAUCCCGGAGACGUCCCAGAGUGUAGCGGCUGCUCGCACCGGCACCGGCACCGACACCGGCAGCCAACAAGAACCGUCACUUUCACUGUAUAAAGUUGCCGAUUCCACCUGGGAAGAGCGCGCAAUCUGCUACUUUUUCGACCAGUACACGACAUACGAUGGGACGAAUAGCGGGUUAACGAUUGGAAUAAGCCAUCUGGGCUUUCUCCCUUCGCUAUACACGUUCUGUCGCGAACAGGAAAGCCAAGAAGGUUCUGCAUCGUUCUGUCUACGAGAAGCAGUCGACGCGACUGCUUUUAUGGCUCUUGGAAACGAAUCUAAAGUGCCUUCGCUGACCGUGAAAGCAAGAAGCAACUACGGAAAGGCGCUGCGGGGACUUCGGCAGGCGCUUGAGUCGCGGACCCAGGCCGUCCAAGACGAAUCCCUUGCGACACUAGCGCUUUUAUCGUUGUUCGAGGAUAUUGCUGGAGAGCGCAAUGGGCUUUCUAGCUCUCAUCGGGCUGGGUUUGAGUUAUUGAUGAAGUUAAGGGGAGCGAGCCAGUUUGGGUAUCAACGCGGGAGGGAUUUGUUCAAUUUUGCCUACACGCAUACGCACUCCGAGAUCCUGGCACUGGGAGAAAAGCCCCGUUUCAGCACCGAUUGGAUCGUCGAGGGACUGGAUACCUCGGACCCCGUGCAUCGACUUAUUUCAGCAGCGUCGAAAGUCAGCCAGAUCUUCAUGGAAGCCACCUCAGCACAAGCAGCGCCCGAGAACGUAGAUGCCGUGCAAUUAUUCACCUGGAUCGAUACCGGAACCGCCCUGGACUCGGAACUAUCCGAAUGGAGUCAGACUCUACCCAACGAAUGGCUCCCGCUUGUCGUCCAUGGUCCUACUGGCGAGCCACUAAUUACCUACCAAAUUUUAUUCCUUUCUGUCGUCUGGAACUUCUACCGCGCCAUCCGCAUCGUCCUGCAACGCCUAAUGCUCGAACUCCGUCGCAUCCGCGCGCUCUUCCUCGGUCCCUUCCCGGACGACGCCGCAGUCCUCGAGGUAAUUCAAGACAUGAUCGCAGACGUCUGUCGCAGCAUCCCCUUCUCCCUUGGUGACAUCGAUACAUUGGGGAAUCCGCCAACUCCAUUGGAAGGGGGUAAGCCGAGGAUUCGCGCGUUUCACGGGUAUAGUCUGCUGUGGCCUUUAUGGUAUGUGCUGGCGUGUGGGCUGGCGACACCGGAGCAAACGCAGCUUAUUAGGGACGCGUUGAUGAGGGUUGGGUUUGCUCUGGGGAUCAAAAUGGCAUUGAAGCUGGCUGAGUUCACUCCGGGGGACUUGGGAUUUCAGUUCGAGACGCCGCUGGAGUCAUUUUUGUGA